AUUUGGGUCUCGUGACUAAACAAUGUCGCUAAAAGAUUUCGAGUGGCCGUGGCAAUACGACUUUCCUCCAUUCUUCACGAUUCAACCUAAUUUGGACACACGACAGAAGCAAAUCGAGGCUUGGUGUGACUUGGUGUUAGCUUAUCAUCGACACUUGAAGCUCUACACAUUAGAUUUGAGUGAAGCUCAGAAUAGUGCAUUAUUCAGCAACUCCAAAUUGAACAGGAGACUGCCUCUCGAUGGGAUAUUGUUAGUGUUGGAAAUGUUGUGUGAAAGAGGGAACGUGGAAUGGGAAGAUGCAAGGAAGAAGCAGCGUUGUUCAGUGAUGUGGCGUACUCCAGAAGAGUGGGCUGCUUUAGUCUACAAUUGGGCAUCUUCAAAUGGCAUGACAAACACAGUCUGUACUCUAUAUGAGCUGCACUCUGGUGAUGACACAGAAAAUGAAGAGUUUCAUGGCAUUGAGUUGUGGCUAUUAAAUCGGGCACUCAGAGUAAUGGAGAAGCAGGGGAAAGCAGAAUUACUGGCUGGUUCAUCACCGGAUGGAUCAGACUCAGGGGUGAAAUUCUUCUAAUUAUUAGGUAGGAAAGACAAUUUGUGUAUAGAAAUU